UUACGAGUAGGACCGCAGGAGCGUCUUUUAACAGCAACAGCAAAACAGCCCAAGCUAGCUAACCUUAAACAAAAAAAAUGAAACACGCCGAAGGAGAAUUCACUGAACUAAUUCAGGUCUGAACCAUGUGGUGAUGAGCGGUAUGCCAUGCAGAGGAGACACAGCAGCAACACGGAUGGCAUGCCCUCUGAAAGGAGCCGUAGCCAAACUCUGGGAUCGGAGAGCAGCUUGGAUGAAGGUGGUGUGUUCGACUGCCUGAAGCCCGACUCACCUGCUUCACCCCAGCAGCUCUUCUCCGGCUUAGUGGGUGUCCCCUCUGGUUCUGUCUCCUCUGCCCAGUUCCAGGCAGCCGGCUUAGUCCUGGGCUCUCCCCCUGAAGUUUUUAUCCAGAUGACGGCAUCAUCCAGGGAAGAAGGUGGCCCCCACCGCUCGGAGGGUGGACCCUUCCUCCCUCGCCCGCCACAGCACCACCAUCACCACCACCACCACUUCCACCACCAGCCCCUGCAGCACAGGACCUCCUCUCUGCUCCAGCAGGCCACGACAGCAGCUGGCUCGGAGAGGCACGGCUCCAGGGAGGAGGCUCAGGAGGACCCGUCCACCCCGGCCCCCGCUCUGUCUGAGCUGAAGGCAGUAGUCACCUGGCUGCAGAGGGGCUUCCCCUUCAUACUCAUUCUGUUGGCUAAAGUCUGCUUCCAGCAUAAACUUGGUAUUGCUGUGUGUGUGGGGAUGGCCAGCACAUUUGCCUAUGCCAAUUCCACGUUCAGGCACCAAGUUUCAUUACGGGAGGAUCGCUCUGUAUUCGUCGCUCUGUGGAUCGUCAUGUUCCUCGCAGGGAACAUCGUGUACAUCUAUUACACAUUCAAUCACGAGGAGCUGCACAACAGCCUCAUAUUUGCCAAACCCAACCUCAACAGCUUUGACUUCUUUGAUCUAAUCUGGGCGGUGGGCAUCACAGACUUUGUCCUUAAAUACUUCACCAUCGGGCUGAAAUGCUUUGUCCUCUUUCUGCCUAAGAUUCUCCUGGCCUUCAAAUCCAGGGGAAAGUUCUACCUGCUGAUUGAGGAGCUCAGCCAGCUGUUUCGGGCUCUGGUGCCCAUCCAGCUGUGGUACAAGUACAUCAUGGGAGAAGACCCUUCUAACAGUUACUUCUUGGGUGCCACACUCAUAAUCAUCUACAGCCUCUGCAAGUCCUUCGACAUCUGUGGACGUGUGUCUGCCAUACGCAAGGCCCUGGUCAUGUUCUGCAGCUCCCAGAGUUACGGAGUGAGGGCAGGCAGUCAGCAGUGCAGCGAGGCGGGCGAUGUCUGUGCUAUUUGUCAGGCUGAUUUCAGAGACCCCAUAGCCCUUCUCUGUCAGCACGUGUUCUGCGAGGACUGCCUGUGUUUGUGGUUUGACCGGGAGAGAACGUGCCCCCUGUGUCGUUCUACCGUCAUCGAGACCCUGCGCUGCUGGAAGGACGGCACCACCUCGGCUCACUUCCAGAUCUACUAAACUGACAUUUCAAACACCACCCAGGAAGAUGUGGUCGUGCUGUAAUGCGAGUUAGACGAUAGCGUGUGUCUUUCUCUCUUUAUAUCAAGUGUGGUAGUGCUAUAAGUCAGGGUGAGUCUAAUUUAUUGCAGCAGCAAACGGUUUGUGGCAGGCGUUUGAAAAGACCAGAACAGAACAUCUCUUAAUCACAUUUCAAUCGGCCGCAGUAGCCACAUGCUGUACAUCAACCAAAUUAUAGACACCUAAUAGAACUUUAGAUGAUCCAAUAAGAUUGAUCCUCACAGUCAUGACAAUAGUCUCGAUAUUGUGUAUAUGUAGACUUUUAGGCACUGUUGUAAACUGUGAACAACACAUCAUUUUUCACUUGACACUGGGUUAAAAAAAAAAGCCCCUUUGAUUUAGUUUGAUAAUGUAAAUAAUAACAGCACUCACACUGUAUCUGUGGGAAAUUUUGCACCAAAUUAUGAUUUGAGCAGGUCUGUUUGUUCUCUAUAUACUUUUUAGUCUGGGGUUGGUAUUUGGUUUAAUUUUAUCUGAUAUUUUAAAAUUUGCAAUAUUUGAAAUUGAAAUGAAACUUAAUGAAAGUGAAAACUGUAACUGAAAAAAAUCAAAUCAAGCAUUUGUACUUUCUGUCGGUAACAGUUCCUGGUUGGCUAAUUAUAAGGUUAUUUGCAUAUUGAGUAAUGAACAUAUGGUGUGUGAUUUUCUUUCUUUUUUUUUUUUAAAUUUAAUUUCUUUAGAAUGUAAACAGUACAUAAAACAAGUGUUUCUGGCUCCAGGGAGUAACAUUUUAUGGAUUUGUAUCAUGUGGACAGUAACUGUGGUGUGGAUCAUGAAUGGCAGGAGCUCAAAUCUGAUAAUCCAUGUUGCAAAUUUGAUUUCAUUGUCAUUCCUUGUGAAUAUUGUUUAUAUAAGUAAUUAAUUCUUGAGUUGCAUAAUAGACAGUAUGACUUUCAUGCAAAAUGCACAGUGCAGAGCAGAAAUUUUUCCGUUUCAAAUUAAAGCACUUUAGCUUACUUUA